CUUGAGCUUUCCAGCAAGAAGAAGAUGAAAUGGAGAAAGCGGUAUCUGGAGUCUUAUCUGAUUCAAUAAGAGUAAAGAGUGUGUGGAUACCAGAGGAGAUGCUUUGAUCACAUUAAGAGAUUAUGUGGUACCGUUUCACACUCCGAAAAAGGUAAAAGCAAGCCACUGAAGAAGGCAUGUGGUGGAUAUUAUGGCUUACAGCCAGCAUACGCCUCUCGGGAGCCGACAGCUGGCCACCUCAUGCCAUCCUGUAGCUGGCCCCCCUUUGCCUGAGCUCCAUGCACCUCACGCAGCAUACCUUUCGACUUCAUGAAGAUCCCUGACAUCGGUGAUGUAAUGAAUAAAUUUGAAGUCCUUGGGAUUGUGGGUGAAGGUGCCUAUGGUGUUGUUUUAAAGUGUCGACACAAGGAAACCAAUGAAAUUGUGGCCAUUAAGAAAUUCAAGGACAGUGAAGAAAAUGAGGAGGUUAAAGAAACUACGCUACGGGAGCUUAAGAUGCUCCGCACCCUCAAGCAGGAGAAUAUUGUUGAGUUGAAAGAGGCCUUCCGCAGAAGAGGAAAGCUCUAUCUUGUCUUUGAGUAUGUGGAGAAGAACAUGCUUGAGCUGCUUGAGGAGUUACCCAAUGGUGUUCCGACUGAGAAAGCACGCAGCUACAUCUACCAAUUAAUCAGAGCAAUUCACUGGUGCCAUAAGCAUGACAUAGUUCACCGAGACAUAAAGCCAGAAAACCUUCUCAUCAGCUCUGAUGACGUCCUCAAGUUAUGUGACUUCGGCUUUGCACGUAAUCUCUCUGAGGGGACUGAUGCCAAUUACACCGAGUAUGUGGCCACUAGAUGGUACCGCUCUCCAGAGCUCCUUCUCGGGGCUCCUUACGGGAAGGCAGUGGACAUGUGGUCAGUGGGCUGCAUCUUAGGAGAGCUGAGUGACGGGCAGCCUCUAUUCCCGGGAGAGAGUGAGAUUGACCAGCUCUUUACCAUCCAGAAAGUGUUGGGACCCCUGCCGCCAGAACAGAUGAAGCUCUUCUAUAACAACCCCCGCUUCCAUGGGCUGCGGUUCCCUGCUGUGAACCACCCCCAAACCUUGGAGCGAAGAUACCUGGGAAUCAUUGGCGGAGCCCUGCUGGACCUCCUAAAGAACCUGCUACUGCUGAACCCGACAGAACGCUUUCUCACAGAGCAGAGCCUAAACCACCACGCCUUCCAGACCCUGCGGCUAGUGGAGCGGCCCGGCCCACCCACACCUACACCUGUACGCUCCUCCAAGAGAAAACCUCACCAUGGAGACAACACCACCCCCAGCAGGAGCCAUGGGGGAAAGAGCUCAGGAAGCCACCGCUCCAGCAGCAGAGAGUGCUCUAGCUUGCCCCGGCACGAAGACCUCCACCCCAGCAACGAUGGCUUUCUGAAUGGCAACAUGCCUGCAGCGAUCAACCUCAGUCCCACUCUGCAUCCCAAGAACUACCAGCCGCAGAUCUACAACCACUCCACCUCGUGCAACAUGGACCUGGCCAGCAGCAACCUGCCUCAUCUGCUCAGCCCUGGGGAAGCCAAGAGCAAGGGCGACUUCGAGAUGAAUCUGGGGUCCAAGGUGUCCGACGGCCCCGGAGCCAAGUACCUCAAAUCCAAUUUCCGCUCACAGCAGAACCGCCAUUCUUUUGUGGAGGGGAAGAACAACACGCUUCAGUCAGGGGAGAAACACAGUCGGCACAGCUACAUGGAGUCCCACAGCUCCACGCCGUCCUCCUCCAAGUUCGCCUACCUGAACUUGUCCAAGAGCUAUGGCACGCUUAGCGAUGCCAAGUCAGUGGGGAACUUAAAUGAUGUGCAUCUUUAUGCUGAUGAGCCUACAUCUCGCUAUUUUCCCACAAGCUGCCUCGACCUCACAGCCCCGAGCAGCCCAGCAGCCCGCCGGGUGGACAGACUAGGACCCGGCACAGCUGGCAGAGGAAGCAUCCGUUCUGACAGAGAGAGCAACACCCUGGACUCGUCCUACAGGCGCUCCUCCACCCGCCACAAGGCCUCAGAGGAGGCCAAGUCGCCAGAUGCCCUGGACCCUGGGGAAAGUGGCGUCGAAAGGAGCCACGCUCACUCUCUGUCUGCCCCACAUGACCCUCUGUCUUACGGUCAGGGAUACACCAGCCCCUUCUCCUCCCAGCAGCGGCCGCACCGCCACUCCAUGUACGUACGGAGGGACCACCAGAGGACACAUGGGGCAGAGGAGGGGCUGGCGGUGGGGCAGGGCGUACCUACCAGAGCCAGCAGCCUCCAGCUCCUAUCUCCACAGCUGCAGCACCGCACGCUGCCUCGCCACUCUGGGGGCUCCUCCAGAGAGGAAGACAUGAGUAGGGUCAGUCAUCAGCCCACAUCAAACCUCUCCAGCCUUAAGAGCGAACAGGCACCCACUGAGGUCACCCACAGCAGACCCCCAAUAAGGGACUCCACAAGGGACAACACCGCAUCUUUUCACACACAGCGGCAAAAAAGCGAGGUUGGCUUAUAUCAUGACCAGCAAACAGAAGAUGGGGGCUCUUCCAAAGAGAACCGUAACAUCUACAGUGAAUCCAUGCCUAGGAGGGUGGGCAGCUUCUACAGAGUCCCUUCUCCUCGGCCAGACAACUCCUUCCAUGAUAGCAGGGGUCAGAGCCGGGGCUCUGGCCUGUCCGGGGAUGGCACGGGUUUGACGAACCACUCCAAGCGUCAGCCGGCAUUCGACCCCUGGACUGGCCCAGAUACUGUAGUGUUGAACCCCUCUGAGCCAUCCAAAGAAAAGGAGAAGCAGGGUUUCUUCAGAGCAAUAAAGAAGAAAAAGAAAAAAUCUCAAAUGGUAACUUGCAUGUCAAGUACUUCUGAGGAUAUGCAAGUCCCUGAUGGAAGGCCUCCUGUCAUGAAGAAAUGCCUUUUCCCUUUGUUUAGCCCAAAGAAUAACAUAAAGCAUAGUUCCUCUGUGAGAGUCCUCCCUGUAGUGUCCUCUCCCAUGGUUCCUAGUGAAGGGGUGGAUACAGUCAUCCAGAAGUCCUCCAGGUCCUCCGGUCACCAGAGCAGCCGCCACAGGACCCGUGACAAGAGCAGAGACCGGGACCAAGAGCGAGACAGGGACAAGGACUGGCCACCUGAGAAACUGUCCGAUUCACACUCUCCUAGUCAGCCACUGAAGUCUCUGCGCAAACUCCUGCACCUUUCAUCCUCAUCCUCCAACCAGACUGCACCGUCUGAUAUGCGCUACCAGCCGCUGCCUAAUCCAGCCUCUGCUCAAGGUGGUUUCACAGAAAGCCGGGGUCACUCAGGGGUUAGCACGCCCCAGCUGAAGAGCCGACAGACAGCCUACCCGCUGCCCGGACAGCUGGAGUCUGGCUGGCACCCGUCGGCCCUGGGUCGCCCCGAGGGCAACCCCUACCCGGAGCAAAUGAGCAUCAAGGGAGGCCAGAAUGGGCACGGCUUCGGACGCCCCUCCAGGUCUCGUAUGCCAAACCUCAACGACCUGAAAGAGACGGCUCUGUGAUCUCCAUCACCCUACAGCUCUCAGAUCCACUUCAGACUCCUCCGUUUCCCCUCUGUUGCUCCUACACGUCCCUUGCGUAACAGUACACCUCCUGAAUCCACAUAAAAAACACAGAUACCAAACCUUCAGUUUUAAACAGCUUGCAAAUAGGCCAAAAGCCUUUUUACGUCUUCAUUUUUUUUUAAAGCUUCCAUGUUUGAUAGACUUUAUAUUAUUACUUCUGUAAUUCUGAUUAUAAUUUGUAUUAUAAAGUAAAUAUAUUACAAAAUAAAUAUAUGUAAAUGGAUAGAUAAAGCGUAGAUUUUAAGUGUAAGUAUUUUUGUUUCUAUUCGAUAUAGAAAUAUAGUACAUUUUGCUGCGUAGUAUUUCCUUAAGAUUAUCUAAGGCAUUCUAAACAAAUAAAGUUUUAUCAGUUGUUACAAUAGAAAUUAGUAAUGUCAGUAACUUUGCAUUGUGUUCAUCUCACCCAGGAUUGUAACUCCAAGCUGUCUUGCCUUUGGAUGUGCUCUGUCAUACUGGAUACAGAUGCUCAAUGUGCAACUGCAAGUCAAAGCAGUCUUGUUCUUGAAAAUAUAGCUGUUGUGCAAUUUUUCUGAGUUGGCACUGACAAUCUGUAAAGCUUAAAUCUAUGUGUUCUUUUUCAGGAUAUUUAGGUUUUUAUGUCUUUUUGUAAUGCAGCCAUUUUAGAUACUCUGGUGCCAUAAACUGACAGAAAUCUAACCUACAUCGCCCUCUGUAGGAGAUAAUGAAGCACUGCAUCUACUGUUUCCUGACUGACAUUACCAUGCACUAACUAACAUUUAGGCACUGACUUUUCAUGCACAAUAUGUGUAAAUCAUCAUUUUCCUAUAUAUUAUAAACAAAUGUCAUACAAUUAAAACUAUGGUAACACCUCAAUUAUCUCAAAUAGAACACACAUAAUAACUGUUCCUUAUAUAGACUAUACCAACAACCCUUUUGGUGGUAAUGUCAUCUAAAAUAACUUACUGAAAUGUUUAUUUAUAUCAGUAUCAAGUGUUAUGAAGCACCCUUAUGGAUGACUUAUACAGUAGUGAAACCUUGAUACUUGCCCAGCUUCGAGCAAACUUCAAGCAUCCAGUUAAUGGAAAGGGACAUCUGAAGUUGAUACUGAAGGAUGGGGAUUCUCUCUGAUAACUUCCCUCACUACCAGGAUUCAAGGAUGUGUGUCUGUCGCUAAUUUCUCACUUAAAGAUUUCACAUAAGCAACUUCCAAGUGGUUCUACUUGUUUAAUCAGUUAAAGAAAUGUACAAAUACAUCAGAAAAUAUUAUACAAAGUUUAACUGCUGUAAAGAUUUGAUUUAUAAAACAUGAAUUGCACGUUUUUGUUCCUAAUCAUUGUUAGAAAGUAAUUUUUAAAGCAGCUAGAGGAACACAAAAAGCCAUUCUGGGUGUACAAGUGCAGUGGUCCCCAAUGUACCACCACAGUCCUGUCAGCUGAACCCAAGUGUACCCCUUUAUCAACACCCCCCAUCAUGUUACAAAUGUGUUCAUUUGAAUUGAUCAUAAACUGGAUGUUAUUUAACACAAUUGAUUAUAUAAAAGUGUAUAUUAUUACAGUAUUUCUUUUUCUUACGGUUGAACUGUCAAUGUUUAGUUAAGUUUAUAUUUGUAGUGGCAGAAGCAGGGCAUUUCAACCAUAUAUCCAUUAACUACAUUUAGCUAACAAUUCUAACUUUUUAUUCAUUACUUUUAGCUAGUUUAACCAUUUAUCCAUUCUUUUUAGCUGUUUCAUCCGUGUAUCUAUUACUUUGAGCUAUUUCAACCAUUUCCCCACAAGGGGCUACUACUUUUAGCAAACUAUUACUAUAUGUUUAGCUAUAUUUUAUACCAUUUAUCCAUUACUUUUAGCUAACUAUACUUGAACUGUUUAUCUAUUAUGUUUAACUAUGUUUAGACUUUCUCGCUUGCUAACUUUUCACACACUCUCAGUUGCUACUGUCAGCUACUCUACAGUCAUUCCAUGUAAUCCCUUGCAACUGCAGAAGUACCCCCUGGGCUACAUGUAGCCCUGGUUGGGAAUCACUGUACUAGUGUAUAUUUAACUUAUUGCACAUACUGAGCCACUUGGGACAAGCUUUUGAGAAAUCUUAAUAUGGAACCACAGUGGGGGCAAAAGCUCUGUACUGUAACAUUGUUUUCUGUCUGGGAUAAAGUGCCAUGAAAGUAGCUUGGCAGAAAUAAAUCCUAAGCUUUUUAAUGUUGCACUUUGAAGAGACUGUGUGGCUCAGCAAUAUUUCUCUGACUCUGUAAAUUCUUCCUCACUUCAUGUCCAUCAUGUGCACAGUGUGUGUAGACUGAAACACGGGGCCUGAGGCUCCCACAGUAACACACUGAGUCCAAACAUGACCGUAUCGUAUUGUGUAUUGUGCAUCUGUAAGGACUGUGCACACUCUGUAUUUGACACAAUACAUUUCUCUCUUUGGAUUAUUGUUUUGCUGAAGGAGCACCGUGUAUUAUAUUAAUACUGAUGUGUGACUACUUGUUUGGUAAUAUUUAUAACAGAAGAUGUUUAUCAACUGUUUAAAUUAAAUCAAGUAUUAAGUUUGUGCUUUUAUUACAGACACAAAUUAGUAGCAUAGUCAGUGUUUAUCUGCUUUUUUUUCAACAGAGCAUUUACAUGAGAACAUAAACCCACAAAUGAAUGCUUAACAAUUUUAGAAUAUUCAUGUUUACAUAUGUAACAGUAAAUCUCAAAUAAAACAAACUCAUUUGAUUUGACUCUUAA